AUGAACUACUCAGAGACAACCAGAGUUCCUCAGGAGAGGAAUGAGCUGGACUGUUCACCAAAUCCAGACACUACUUGGGAAGAGUCUGAUCUAGAAAGAACUAGCGAAUACCUCAUUGUUCACUUCUUGCUUACUUCUGUUUUUCUAACAGCUUUAGGAUCCCAGAACAGAACAGUGCAUUUUGUGACUGAGUUCAUCCUCCUGGGUUUCCAUGGUCAAAGGAAGAUGCAAAAUUUCUUCUUCUCAUUAAUUCUGGUUCUCUAUCUCCUGACCUUGCUGGGGAACGGAGCUAUUGUCUACGCAGUGAAAUGGGACAGGAGACUCCACACACCAAUGUACAUCCUCCUGGGAAAUUUUGCCUUUUUAGAAAUUUGGUAUGCUUCCUCCACUGUCCCAAACAUGCUGGUCAAUAUCCUCUCUGAGACUAAGACUAUCUCCUUCUCUGGUUGCUUCCUCCAAUUCUAUUUCUUUUUUUCACUGGGUACAACAGAGUGUUUAUUUUUAUCAGUUAUGGCUUAUGAUCGGUACCUGGCCAUCUGCCGUCCAUUACACUACCCAUCCAUCAUGACUAGGAAGUUCUGUGUAACCCUGAUCUGCGUGUGCUGGGUGAGUGGAUUCCUCUGCUAUCCAGUCCCCAUCAUCCUCAUCUCCCAACUUCCCUUUUGUGGACCUAACAUCAUUGACCACAUCGUGUGUGACCCAGGCCCAUUGUUGGCCCUGGCCUGUGACUCUGCUCCUUCCACUGAGCUUAUCUGUUACACCUUCAACUCAAUGAUUAUCUUCGGGCCCUUCCUCUCCAUCCUAGGAUCUUAUACUAUGGUACUCAGAGCUGUGCUUCGUGUUCCCUCUGGUGCUGGUCGAACUAAAGCUUUCUCUACAUGUGGGUCCCAUCUAAUGGUGGUGUCUCUAUUCUAUGGAACCCUUAUGGUGAUGUAUGUGAGCCCUACAUCAGGGAACCCAGCAGGAAUGCAAAAGAUCGUCACUUUGGUUUACUCAGCAGGGACUCCAUUCCUAAAUCCGCUUAUCUACAGUCUCAGAAACAAAGACAUGAAAAAUGCCCUUAAAAAAGUCCUGGGAUUAAUAACUAGUUAA